UGACUACAACAUUGCUACGCUGUAUGGAACGAGUUUGAUCUCUGGAGCAGAAAAAGUGCUCACCAAGCGGGACGUGGAGGACCACGCUGCUCAUCCGUCGACAGAGUCCAGAAACUUCGAGUUGCGCCUGACUUCCGGUGAGCAGCUGCGCAUGUCUGUACAGAAACGUUCCGCCAUGAGUCCCGACGUGACGGUGGUAGAGCGUGUCUUUGGGAAGGAGAAGGUCAGCCGCCCACAAGUCCGAGAUUGUUUCUUCAGCGGCGGCCUGGAGGGUGAAGAGGGGCACGCCUCGCUGUCACUGUGUGAUGGACAGGUGAUCGGAGCCAUACAGGCCCAGGGAACGAGAUUUCGAACUGCACGCACUUCCGCAAGCUGCUGCCACAAAGCGUCGCUCAGCAACCGAGCCUUUGCGCGUGCUCGUCACGUGGUCCGACUCCAAGCAGAAAAUGGACGUAACUAAUGACGUCAUCGUUCCUGACAUUCCUGACAAAAGCGACACAGAAGGAGACAAUUCCAAAGAAAUGCGCAUGCGGUCAGUGCAAGACAAAAUCGUGGUCAUGGAGAUCGGGGUUUACCUGGAUCGACUGUUCCUGGAAAAGAUUAAUGAGAGCUUGGGACUGAGCACAACUCAACAGCUUACAGAUCUCGUCACUCUGAAAUGGAGUGGCGUCUAUGCUCUGCUGUCGAAUCCCUUGGUGGUCGGCUGGAACAUCACCAUCAAAGUCGUGCAUCUGGAGAUAUGGCGGGAGUCUCCUUCCUGGUACAACGAAACAGUUAACAACCUCGGCGGACGUAUGGACAUGAUCUGCAGGUCCACUACUGACAAGCCUUUUGACCACAUCUUCCUGGAGACAGCGAACACUCCUGGCAGUACCGUAGGAUUAAGCUGGCUGGGUACCAUGUGUAAUCCGAGAUGGCGCUGCUCUAUUGGCAAAGGAGUAAAUCUUAAUAGCUGGAUCGAGGCCCAUGAAACAGGUCACAGCAUGGGUCUGAACCAUGACAACACCUUCACGACUUGUGACCCCAACGUAACAUCAGGCUUCAUGUCCAUGAAGGAGACUAUCUUCAGAGACUGUUACGGCCCGGUCCUCGACAGUUCUCUGAGCUCCAAGACCUGUCUGUUUGAAGAGAACGUUGACAACUCUAUGUACAACAGGGUUAACAACAUCGCACCCCUGUACAGAGGUCAGCUGCUUGGACUGGACGGCCAGUGCAAGUUGGUGAAUGGAGAGGGUUCGAGUACCUCCAUAGUCCAUCGGCUGACCUUUGUAAUAGGCUUACCUGUAUACAAAAAUCGCCAGUUGGAAAAAUCGCUCUGAUGAGUACAUUUACGGGAACCCCAUGCGGGAAAGAACAGAUGUGUUUAAAUGGAGCGUGCGUGCCGUGGGUGAAGACUGUCAACCCCGACUAUGUGCGUCCUCUGGUGAGGGAAGGUGACUGGGGACCAUGGAGUCCGUCGUCUCCCUGUGACAACACUUGUGGUGAUGGUGUCAGCGU